AUGCUCGGUCAUCAUCAAGGAGACGUGGAAGAAAAUGUCAUCUCUAAUGUUAUGAAAGGAAGUAGCGUCCUUAACCUAGCGGGAAUGAAAGAAGUGCAGUAUAUGACGCAGUACAGGGUUGAGCUUCAGCGGCCCUUGCUCUCUUUGCACAAGCAUGAAAUCUACAAUUUCUCAAUGACAUACGGAGUUCCUUACUUCAAAGAUACCACGCCAAGCUGGAGUACUCGAGGAAAAUUAAGAGGCGUGCUGAUUCCUGUUCUGAAGGACAUUUAUGGCGACGGUGUAAUGUCGCGGCUUAGCUCGAUAGCCAAGGACGCUUAUGAGCUUUCAUGUCUGGUGCAGUCUGAGAUCUUUGAGACGUUUUGGUCAAGCAUUGAGUUUCGAGAGCUAGGAAACAGUUUGAAAAUGAGAAACGGCAACCGUAACAAAUGUAACAGGUGCAUGGAUUGA